AUGCAAGUUGAAGGUGCACCCGCGCCAGGUCUCAUCGAUUCGUCAAGAAGCUCAGUUCGCGACUUUCCAAACAUCUUCAACCACCAAAUCAACUUUCCACUUCAUCACCCUCCACACGGCCGCGUCACCAUCUUUUGUCAACACGGGAUAGCGACCGAUAUCAAUACCAUCGACAAAACGUAUCAUAUCGCUCCCGCGAACAAUAAGCCAUUAGCCAUGGCGACCGACUCGCGCAAGAGACCUGUGGAUGCAGAGGGAGCGCAACCGUCACAACCCAAACGACCAAAGACCAACACAUCAAUACGAACAAUUCUCGCAGUUGACGCCAUCGGAAAUUCAUCAAAGGCAACGACAGCACCCACUCCCGACGGGCUGGCCAAGAAUGGACUGAGGCGGAGCAUCGCGCUGGCGCUGGAGACGGUCGGCUUCGACGGUGCCACGUCCGAAGCAAUAGAGAGCUUUACCAUCAUGACGGAGACGUACCUCCAUUCGUUAACCGAAGAAGUCAAGGUCUUUGCAAACGCCGCGCGCCGCUCCUACCCGAUACCCAAGGAUUUCGAAAACACCUUGAAGCGUUUCAACCUUACACCCACAGCGCUCUACUCCCAUAGAAAACCCCCGAUACCGAAGAAGCAGCGACAGCCAGUAUGGGAAGAUCUCCCUCUAGACGCCGCCAUCCCUACCGACCUUCCUGUUCUCGAUCCCGAACUCGACGGCGCCGCAGACAAGGCAGCCAAGAACUACAUCCCGAGCUCAUUCCCCUCCUUUCCCAGCGUGCACACCUACAAGUACACGCCCGAAAGCGUCGAGGCCGCCACGACCGCACAGCACAGCAUCAUGACCGACACACAAGCCACCGUCACCAUGACCCAGACCCAAACGAUGGUCGAAUCCCAGGCAGCAGCAGCAACAGCAGCAGUCGCAGCCCAGCAAUCCCAGUUGCCAACCAAGAUUCCCCAACGACCACUGGCACCCGACGAGAUCCCCCGCGGCGAUCCUAAGAAGAUCCGCGAAGCCGCCGCCAAGGAAGCCAAGGCCGGAGAGCAGGCGCUGCGCCGUCUCAUGCGCGCCAGCAAGAUCGCGAAGCAAAAGGACGUGUCGGCCACGGCACAGCGGGACCCGUCUCGCAGGGAGCGGUACGCGCUGUGGGAGGCGGCGAUGCGCGAGCUGGUGGAGGACGACACCAAGGCGAAAGGCAGGGAGGUGGCGCCCGCGUCUAUGCAUAGUCAGCAGGGCCGGGUGGAGAUUGCGGACCACAGCAUGAUUGUGAAUGCGGAGAAGGGGUAUUAUCGGAAGGAGGUGGCUAGGCCGGGGGUGAGGAAGUUGGCGGGGGAGUUGGCGGGGAAGUAA